AUGACUGCCAACAAGUUAAAGAUGCUGUCUGAAGAGAGCUUGACGAGGCAACCCGAAGAAGUUUUUGACAUAAUAUGUAAGCUGGGCGAGGGCUCCUAUGGAAGUGUGUUCAAGGCACUUCACAAGGAGUCUGGGAACGUUGUGGCCAUCAAGCAAGUACCUUUAGAUACUGAUUUACAUGAGAUUAUAAAGGAAAUUUCUAUUAUGCAACAGUGUGAUAGUCCCUAUGUAGUUAAGUAUUAUGGUAGCUACUUCAAGAAUACGGAUUUGUGGAUCAUCAUGGAAUAUUGCGGAGCUGGAUCUGUUUCAGAUAUUAUAAGACUGAGGAAGAAAACUUUGACUGAAUGCGAGAUUGCCACGAUUCUUUCUGAUGCUUUGAAAGGACUGGAGUAUCUUCAUGCCAACAGGAAGAUCCACAGAGACAUUAAAGCUGGUAAUAUCUUGUUGAAUUCUGAUGGACAUGCAAAAUUAGCUGACUUUGGAGUUGCUGGACAACUCACUGAAACCAUUUCCAAGAGAAAUACUGUGAUUGGCUCCCCGUUUUGGAUGGCUCCUGAGAUUAUUUUAGAAAUUGGUUAUGAUUGUGUAGCUGAUAUCUGGAGUAUUGGUAUUACUGCUUUGGAAAUGGCGGAAGGGAAGCCUCCCUAUGCAGAUAUACACCCGAUGAGAGCUGUGUUUAUGAUUCCUACAAAACCACCUCCCUCUUUCCGUGACCCUGAUAGAUGGAGUGCUGAAUUUAUCGACUUCGUUAGUGUGUGCCUAGUGAAAAAUCCCUGUGAUAGAGCUUCUGCUACAGAUCUGAUCCAACAUGUUUUCUUACAAAAAUCGAAGGGGCCUAAUGCCCUAAGCCAAAUGAUCGCUGAAGCUUGCGAAAUUAGGAAGAAUCAAAAGUACACAAGAAUGCCCCUGGUUGGUGUUAUUCUUGAACAAAAUGAGUCUGAAGCCACUUUGGUACCAAACAAAGUUCCUAGCCAAACGGGUACUAUGAUUACUCUUCAGUCAGAUCUCGGUACUAUGGUUGUGAUAAAUAGUGACGACGAAGACAUUGAGGGUACAAUGAAGUCUCCUGAAACCAAAAAAUAUAAACCACCAUUUCUCGAGCACUUCGAUCAGAGUGAAAAAGAUACAGAAAACUCGAACAAAGCUGCUGCUCAAGUUGCCGAGGGUGCUUCAUCUUCGGCAGUUGCAGGUCCUUCUGUUGCUCAAAGAGUAUCUCAUGGUUACUCAGAACCGCUCGACGUCAAAUUGGAUCGAAUUCGACCAGUCGAUUGCAAUUUCACUUUUCUUAAAGAUCUUGGUUACGAAGAGUUGAAAGAGCGCUUCGAGCUGUUGGAUGCAGCCAUGGAGAAGGAAAUUGAAGAAUUACAGCGUCAUUAUUCUCUUAAGUCACAGCCUUUGGAGAAUGCUAUACAUAUCAAGAGGGAAAGAAACAGGAAUUUUUAA